AUGGGGCACCACUGCUGCAGCAAGCAGAAGGUGAAGCGCGGGCUCUGGUCGCCCGAGGAGGACGAGAGGCUCGUCCGCUACAUCACCCAGCACGGCCACAGCUGCUGGAGCUCCGUCCCCAAGCACGCCGGGUUGCAGCGGUGCGGCAAGAGCUGCCGGCUCCGGUGGAUCAACUACCUCCGGCCCGACCUGAAGCGCGGCACCUUCUCCGAGCAGGAGGAGCGCACCAUCAUCGACGUCCACCGCAUCCUCGGCAACCGGUGGGCGCAGAUCGCCAAGCACCUGCCGGGGCGCACGGACAACGAGGUGAAGAAUUUCUGGAACUCGUGCAUCAAGAAGAAGCUCAUAGCGCAGGGGCUCGAUCCCAAGACGCACAAUCUCCUCCCGGCGUCCAAGUCGCUCCUCCAUGGCGGCGGCGGCGGCGGCGCAAACCCUAGCGGGAACAAUAUGGCGCAGUUCCACUCGAACGGCGGAGGCGGCGCGGCGGCGACGCCGUUCACCAUCAGCUCCCCGGCCAAGGGGGGCUUUGAGGCUGCGGUGCCGCCGGCGCUGUACGACGUCGUCGUCCCGGCUAACCCCGCCGGCGGUAUGCUGAUGGCGGCGGAUGAUCAUAGUUACCAUGCCGCCGCCGCUGCGGCGCCGGCGCGGUACCCGUACACUGACCACGGCAACGGCGGGGGAGGCGUGCUGAUGAGCUUCAGGGAUCAGAAUGCCGGCGUCCACGGCGCCGCCUCCAUGGACUUCAUGAACGGCUCCUCGUCGUCCUCUUCCAUGGACCAGCACACCGGCGGCAUGCCGUGCGGCAACGGCGGCUUCAGCGCUAGCAUGGCGGCGUUCAUGGACGAGGAGGCGGCAAUGUGGGCCAGCGCCGUCGAGCCGGGCAUGGGCGUUGCGGGGAUGGAUCUGCCGCAACAGCAGCAGCAGCAGCAGCAAAUACAGCUGGUGCAGCAGGAGACGGCGGUGGUUGGGCCGCGGCCGACGGCGCUCAUGCUAACCGAUGUUGCCGCCACCGCCGGCGCAAUGGCUGGCAAGAGCGUGGAGAUGGUGGACGUCUCGUCGGUGGUGUACGGUGGCGGCGGCGGCGGCGCAACGGCGGCGUUCGACCUAGACCUGAUGGUGGAGUCGUGCGGGAUGUUCUGCGGCGGCGCCGGCAACGCCAUGGAGCAGCUGCAGUGGGACUGCUAA